AUGGGGUCAAGUAUAUUCAGUUUAUAGAUCAAAUAUAUGGGUAGCGCCUUUUUCAUAACAAAUAUUGAUAAGGCAAGGUAAAUUUAACUUAAAAAAUAACGACCUUCUGUACAAUUCAUCUAAAUUUUAUGGAGGAUUUAAAACAAGGUUCCAAUUUUGAAGAAACUUUAUUAAAUACUCAAUAAUUAGAAUUUAAUAUCACAACAAAACAUAUAUUCCUUAUGUAUUCAAGCUUACAUAACUUUAGUUUAAAUAAAUUAAAUAAACAACGAAAUUGAAAGAGGAACAUUAAUUUAGCAAGAAUAAUUUAAAAGAUCUGAUAUAAGAAAAUUUAUAUAAAAAAUCGACAUAAUCUCCAUCUAUUUUUUGAAGUACAGGUAAAAUAAAAUAAAAUUGAAAGCUUUGUCAGCGAAUAAGUCUGUAUUUAGAUCGUAUAUUGAUGAAGAGCAGAUAUUAAAAUAAAUAGCCAACCACAAUAUAUUUCAUAAUAAUAUUUUUAAAGAGAGUUCUUAAAAUUAAGAGGGGAAAAUAAAAAAGUUCAUUUAAAUCCAUGAAGGAGGUAUAGAUUUCAUCAUUUAGUCAUCAAACAUAUACUAGAAAAUGGGCUAAUUAUAUUGGAGGAGAUUGUGCGAAUAGUUUAAAUGGCGAUACAAAAAGGUUGAUUAAUAAAAUGAGAAAAUUACAUCAUGA